UUUUUUCUAAACUGAUCUGUAGAUAGUGUAGAUGGUGCUUCGUGGGAACGCACAAGAGAUGUGUCAGUGCUCUUGUUUACCCAGUUAGGCGUGUCGGACGUGAGAAGGAACAAAUUAUUCCGUAGAAUAAAAGCGGGAACUGGGAGUAGGAUAGAGUGUACCAAAUGUCCUGGAAGAUCAUUCUUAUAUGCUGCCUAAUGGUGGCGGCGAUUCCUGAUGGGGGGAAUACGAUGCGUCUCUUCAGUUGGCUUCCCGGAAAUCGAGGACAGGGUAUCGUGAAUAACGCCACUAUGGGUAUGCUCAAUGGGGCAAGGCAGGCUGUUAAUACGAUUGCUGGUGUCAAGUCUCAAGUCCUGAGCUCUGUAGUCAAUGCUACUAAACAAGCAUUAGAUGUGGGCGCCAGAAUGACCGCCCCGAUCCCAGUGGUCGGAACUGCAGUCGGUUUGGGAACCAAUAUGAUGAAAUCUGGAGCAGACGUGGUGAACUCCGUUGGACAAGCUAAAAUUAGUUUUUUCCAGAAUCUUAAGAACGCCAAGCUAACGAUGAUAGAACGAAUGUUCGGGAUAUCAACAACUACAAGACCCACAACGACUUCACGUGCAACCAUCUCUAUCUCAACAACGCCAUUAACAGUCGCUACAACUACUAGGCCUUUGGCUACUAGUGCGACUACUACGACAACUACCAGAAGCACAACGACCACGCCAUCUACGACCACUACCACAAGCACAACCACUACACCGGCUACGACGAGUAUCACCACUACAACAAUUCCUACAACUACCACUCCCUCCACUACAACAGCAUCAACAACUACGACCAUUCCUACGACACCUGGAACGUCUCCAAUAACCUUGGCAACCGUUGUCACCACUGCUCCUACCACUGCUGCAACACCAUCUGGCUAAAUAGGUAUUGUUAAUAAAGAACUGAAUCAUUUUAAAGAUAAAAAAUGAAUUUCUAUUUGUAAGUAUAUUUUUGUAUUAUGUGAUCAAAACUAACAUAAGACGAAUAAGAAACCUAUUCAAUAUUGACUUUAAUCGGUUGUUGUGUACAUAUAUAAAUAAAAGUACAUUUUUAGUAAUA